ACAAACAUCUGGUACUUGCUAAAAAAGCCCCGAGCAGAUUGUGAGAGAUCGCUCUCUGGAUUUGCUCGUUCCAAGUACUAGAACUCCAAAGUGACAGCUGAAAGAUGCGUACCUAAAUUGAGAUUCAGUGCCGUGCGAUAUCCUAUACGAUGGUAGAUCAGAGCGUCGAGGAACGGGUCUUCAAAACCCGCGCAGGGUUCAUCAAACAUCGAUAUGUCAUCUGUAUGCUCGUCUUCACCGGUUUGGCUCUCGUGUAUGCCAUGCGAGUCAAUCUUGGGGUCGCCAUCAUCUCCAUGGCCCGUUCGAGCGCUGAUGCCAACAAAACCAGUCUCAACGGAGUUUGCUCGAGCGGAAUCUCACCUAAGAACGGCACUCCGGUUGUGCAGCCCGAGUUCGACUGGGACUCCAGUCAGCGAGAUUUUCUCUUGGGCGCAUUCUUCUACGGCUAUAUCUCAACCCAGAUACCUGGGGGCAUAAUGGCGGCGAAGUUGUCGAUAAAAUGGGUUUUCGGAUACGGCGUUUUCUUGACCUCCUUGCUCACCAUAGCGACUCACUUCGUCGCUCGUUGGAGUCUCACCGGUUUCGUUGUACUCCGAAUUCUCGAGGGCAUCACUGAGGGAGUCACAUUCCCAUCGCUAUACUGCCUUGUGGCUCGAUGGGCUCCAGAAAGUGAGCGUACGACCAUGACAACCUUGUGCGUCAUUGGAACUAACAUAGGGACUGUGAUCACAAUGCCGAUUACCGCAGCUCUGGCGAGCUCCUCAUUGGGAUGGCCGUCGAGCUUCUAUCUACCAGGUGCUGCGGGGGUCUUGUGGUCCCUUGUGUGGUAUAUCUGCGCCACGUCUCAGCCGGAAAAUCACCGUUGGAUCUCGGACGAAGAAAGAGAAUACAUUAUAAAGAAUCGUGGAACAAGCCACAAUCGGAGCCGGAAGAUUCCUUGGCUCUCGAUCUUGACUUCCCGGCCCGUCUGGAUGUUCGCCAUCGCGCGAAUGAUCGGCAGCAUAACUUUCUAUAUGUUUCUCACUGAAAUGCCGUCCUUUGUGGACGAAAUCUUCGGCGUACCAGCGAUCGACAACGGAGUCCUAAACGGCUUCUUCUAUGUUUUAUACGCUACCUCGAGUUUUGGGAGCGGAAUACUCUCGGAUUAUCUGAUUCGUAGAAACUUCAUGUCGAGAUCGAACGUCCGGAAAUUGUUCGAAUGCUCUUCGUUCGUCUCUUCGGGUGCAAUGCUGCUGAUCGUGACUCAACUCGGGUGCUCAUAUACGGCGGUUGCUGUCGUCCUCUGCUUCGCCUGUUCUUUCGUCGCUUUGAACGGGGGAGGCGACGCCGGUCUUGCACUCGACUUGGCUCCCGAGCUCGCCGGAUCCGUGAUGGGUUUCGGGAACAUGGUCGGCAACGUUGGUGCGAUCAUAGCGACGCAACUGGUGUCGAUCAGUCGCAAUCCGGAGAACGCACACGCUGGAUGGAAUCUCGCGUUCAUCAUCACCGCUCUUGCUAGCUUCUUCGGCGCGAUUCUCUUUGCUUUCCUGGGGACGGCCGAAGAACAACCAUGGGCGAAAGAAGAGAGCGACGAGGUUCACUUCGUUGACGAAGCUGCCGAAGAGGAAAUUUCUAAUAUGUCUAUCCCGAAACGCUACUCGAUCCAGUAUGCCACCAUUCAAUAGGCUAUAACUUCCAAUCGAACUCCUCGGCUGACUCACUCGGCUGGCCGGCUGGAUCGACGGGCGUUCUCAGCCGAUACGCCCCUGGCGGCUAAAGGGUGAUAAUGUAGCGCUCCGUAUAGUAUUAGGGUACGACGACGGCGAAUUGUUCCUUCUAGUCUUCGUUUGAUUGACAAAAUGGUCGAGGUCAUCCGCGACUUCGCCGUCUGGAUUACCUUUCUUGUAAAUGUCGCGGCUCAGAUGCACUCAAUCAAGAUCGGACAGAAUAAGCAAGAUCUGACUAUCAAUGCGAAGGCGAGCCCGAGGAAACUAUGAUAUCAUUCCCACAUAUUCAAGCUCCGGAGCACGCUCCAUCGCAGGACGAAUGAUGGAGCGCUCGGGAUUCGGGCAUGGCUGACAUCCGAUCAGCGCCGGGGAGAAGUUACCGAAUCUCGACAGGUGGAUGAUCAUGAUCGUAGGGCAAUCAAUGCUCGAUUACUCGUCCUGAAGUGUCGAUAUUUCCUGCGACGGACAAUCCCCGGACAGACGCGAGCGAUCAGGAUGUUCUCCCCGACGAGCAUGCUAGAAAUGUGAGACUGUACGGCUUCAGGGUUUGACCGGUUUUGAGAAUAAGGGGGCUUGUCAAUAUUGAGGAGGUGUCGUGGAUCCGUGGAUUCGACUCAUCCAUUCAAGAGGGGCGAUGGUAUUCUUCGGAUAAACGAGAAAGGUGCAUAUUCCUCACCGAUUGAGGUCGUGAGUCGUUCUAUUUGGUUGUGUAAUAUGUCCCGUUAAAGAUCUGAAUAAAGACAAAUCUUAUUUAAGGACUUGGAGUCCAUUA